AGAUUUCAUUUCCAGCGACGCAAACCACCCCGAAAAAAACAACCGUUACCGAACCCGCCAUCGAGGGCGUCUUAGCUACUUUUGGGUAGUUUUGUUGCAGCUUGGCUACGUUGAUCGCUGCACAAAUACACGCGCAGCUUGGCGUUGUCUUUUUUCGAAAGGUUCUGUGUGUUGUGCAAAAUUCCAAAAAGCGUGCUAUACCUACCUAACCUUCUCUUCACUUUUGGUUCUGUUUCGGUGAGCUUUGUUUUGCGAAGAAAUCAUACAAGAGUUGUGCGUUGUGUGUGUAUCCAUGGUGACAGCAAUGUGACAGUUAAGUUUUUUGGAAGAAUGUCAGUACAUCCAGUCUACUACGACUAGCUGUCCGCAAAGUGACAGACGAGUGAUAAUUAGUGGGAACACCCUUUGAGUGUUUUGAAAUGUCUCCGGAUGAUCGUGUUCUGUGCUCGGUGCAAACGUGUACACGACUAAUUGGACUUCCCGAAUAGUCGAUUUAAGUGUAGAGAGUUCCAGAAGUGGCGACUCUUCCAGCAGCAAACGAUACGUUGAAAACGUCAACUAAAAUAGUUCCAAAGAUCCAACGAAUUGCGGGAGACAUAAUGCGCUUGGCGCAUCUAAUUGUGAACAUCAACAGCACAACCGUCCAACAACUGCCAACAAGGGAGCUGUUACGCCUGGUCAGCAGCAGCAGCAGCAACAGCUAGUAGGCUGGCUUGCAUCCAUUUUCUUUAUCUUUCUGCGUCGUAGUCAGUGUCAGUGCGAAACCAAUUACAGCGAACCGAACCAAUUCCACAAAAUGCCCUGCCCGGUGUCCUGUUGUUCCUUUGCCGAUCGAUCUGGCCACGGAAGCGGAAGUUCCACCGGACCGGACAGCAAUACCCACGUAACAGAGAAACGCUACGGUUGCUACAAGGCAGGCAUCUUCUUCGCGCUGGCCAUUAUAUUGCUGCUGCUGGUCGGUUGUCUGCCCGUCUUUAUGCUCACCACCAACAACAACCUGAUCCUGCUGAUCCUACUCGUAACGCUGCUGUUUAUCGGUCUGGCCACCUUCAUCUACUUCCGCUGGCAGCGCAAUCGAGCACUCGCGAUGCGACGCACGUACGAGCAGCAAAAGUUUGCCCUGACACGCGUCCAUCAUUCAUCCGGCCCGACUUCAGUACCGGCCACCGACUCAUUGAAGGAUAAUGGUGUUUGGUCGAAAAAUAACACCCAGUCCACCACCCCAUACGGGCAGCAGAAUGCAGCAUCCAAAUUAAACGAACCAACCAGGAUGGGAACAAUGCAACCGGGGGGCGGAAUUAAACCUGACCCAACGAUAGCGGAAGGGACGGUGCAACGAUCCACGAAAAGUCCACCACGAUAUUCAUUCAUCUGAACUGAAAACAGUGCGCGGCAUAUAAAAACGGGGCAACAAGAAACAAAAGGGAAAACAGUGCUAUAAUGUUGAUAAACAAUGUGCACAACAGAGUGUUUGUGGUUACCAACGGCUCUCUCCUCUUACUCUCUCCAUCUUUAUAUAUCUUUUAGUAGUUUUAUUUCAUUUUUUUUAAAUCAAAAACAUGGUAAACAUUAAUUGUACCUUUUGCUCGAAUGAAACAUUCUGUUGCCUGUUCUGUCAAUAUUUUAUACCGCAACCGGUAAUCAACCUCAAACAUAAAUCGGUAAAAGUAACAUUGAACCUAUUUAGAGACCUAGUUAGGCGUGUUAAUAGGUAACAAAAAAAGGCGGAGGGAAACGAAUUUCAACACGCUUGAAAUUGAAAAAUUGUGUUCAAAUAUCUGUUUGAAGUUGACCAAACCGUCUGUUUUUUUUUUUGUUGCUUCUCCUCCCAACGAUGUUGUCGUGCAUCGCUUUAUUUAAUUUAUAUCAUGCUCGGUGAACCAUUCCGCGUGUGGUUAAUUACGUUAGUUGCAAUGAUACGCGUUGAUUGAGCUUUUUUUUUUGGUCUUGCUAUCCGUUUCAAUUCCGGACUGCAAUUGUCAAUCGAUUACGUGCGUUGCUGUCGAAUUGCUUGUUUUACAAUUAUUAAUUACUAAGUUCAAUAGGUUACCGAAUGCACAAUUGAGGACAAAACCAGCU